UGCCUCGUUUUUUAGACAAAAUUCGCGCAAAAGAUAAUAAACAAAAUAUUCAACUCCUUUAUAGUCGGAUUAAAACGCCCGGGUCGGAAUUAAAGAACGGCAAAAAAAAGUUCUGUUUGAACCUUGCAAUACAAACAAAGCGACUGUUUAUUUUCAUGGAUAUUAUAUUACAGUUUUUUUUAUUAAAAUCAUUUCGCAGAUAAGUUGAUCCCAUGCUACAAAGCUUUAAAGAAACAAGAUGCAGAGACAUUCGAUUAAAUUGUUUCUAAGAAGAUUUACGCUUUCUCAAAGAAGAAGUUUGAAAUAUUUAACAAGUAAUCAAGUGGACCAGUACAAUAAUGACGGUUACGUGGUUGCGAACUCCUUGCUUAAUAAGGAAGAAAUCACCGAAGCGAGGAAGGCGCUGGAACAACUAAUAGAUAGAUCAAGAAGCACGGCGAGGUCUGACGAGAUAUAUGAACUACAAGAUGAUCACAACAGUGAACAUCCAAAAGUUGAAAGAAUAAAGUUUCCGUCCGAACAACAUCCUGUUUUUAAAAAACUGCUAAAUCAUCCUAAGUUACUCAACGCUGUAGAAGAUUUGAUCGGACCGUCCUUUCGUUACAUGCCACAGGAUAAACUGAAUGUAAAACCAGCUGGUCAUGGAGGCGCCAUUCGAUGGCAUCAAGACUGGGCGUUUUUUCCACAUACAAACGACAGUGUACUAACAGCUAGUGUAUUGCUUUAUGACUCCAUCAGAGAAAAUGGUUGUUUACAAGUAAUACCCAAGUCUCAUAAAGGACCUAUCAUAUCACAUUUCCACGAUGGAAAAUUUGUAUCAACUAUCACUGAAACGAACUUUCAAACAGAAGAUUCAGUUUACCUGGAAGCGCCAGCAGGAAGUGUCACUCUACAUCACGUACGAAUUAUCCACGGCUCAGCGAGAAAUACAUCAACUUUGCCCAGAAGCGUGGUUUGUUUUAUAUAUAACGCUAUGGAUGCAUGGCCGCUAUUAGGUGUAGCUGGUUCAGAUUUUAAAAACACGGGUCCCGUUGAUUUCGAUAUGUUUGAUAAAACUCGAUUACGAGGGGAGAAGUGCAUAACACCAAGAUUAGAAAAGGUGCCGGUACACUUACCUGUUCCGUUUGAUUACCCGUCGACAGUGUUCGAUAUGCAGUUCGAAGUGGAGGAGCCUCAAGCAUGAGAGCUGUAAACACGUAACAACAAAUAUUUCCUCUCAGUAUUCAAAUUAAUAGAGAGACGGACAAUACAAAAUGACGGUAAUUUUCCCAUCUAUUCUAAUUCAACCUCUUUUCCUCCCUCUCCCCUAACAAUAUCCACCUUUCCCUUUUUGUUAGACUAUCAGUAAAAUUGUGAAGCACAAGUACACAUAAAUAAUUUAUUUCCUUAGAAAGAAUUCUAUUCAGCUAUUGCUUUCUCCCCAGAACGUAUCAAAUUAAGGAAAAAAAUAAUCCUCUCCAUUUAUUACCUCCCUUCCUGACCUUUAAUUAGGUUAUUAAGAGCACUUACCCGAUUUUUAGACAUUAAAAGACCUUAAUUACUACAGAGUUAAUUUUGAAUACCGUAUUUUCUCCAGUUGGCUCCUCUUUUUAGCACCUCCUCUUUUGUCUUUUUCCGUAUAAAAUGCUAAGAAAAUUUAAACAUAAAAUUGAUGCAAAUAGUGCAAAUAAGUAACCUCUCACAAUUAACUCUCAAUUAACCUCUCACAAUUAACUCUCAAGUAACCUCUGACAAUUUUAUGUUGGGAUUUUUUUAAAUAAUUUUAUGUGCGUCCCCGUUUAAAAAGCAAACUUUCGAGAAAAAUUAAUAAGUACCCGGGUGCUUAAUAGAAAAAACUAUGCAAGAAGAAUUUAAAGAGAAAAAAGCCUCCUUGAACUGUGUAAUUUUUACUUGUACAAAUACAUUUUUUACAAAUCGUUGUCAAAUGACUGGAACAGUGAUUAUUUAUCUAUUCUUGGGGUGCCCUAAAGUCCAGUAUGCCAAUUCUCCUUUAAAGAGUGUGGAAAUAAUAUUUUUUUUAAAUAACAAAUUGUGAUCUCACGCAGUUCAGUGUAGCGCAUUUUCCCUCCAUCCUAGCAGAUCAGGAUAUUAGUUAGAAAUUUGCUUUACCGUUUUUUUGCUUUGUAAUAGCGUUAAUUUGCAAUGCAAUGUGAAAAAGGGCGGACAUUGGAUGUUAGUAAAAGAAAACCACACAUGAUCCUAUGCAGUUUUAAAUUUCAACAAACCCGUAUCACGGGUAGUCUUGGUUACCAUUUUGGAAAAGGUAUAUCUUAAGAUCUUGUGACUUGUACACAAUCUAGAAUAGGUCUCGUA